AUGAUCGGCGCGGUCGAGAACAACGGCAAUUUUCAGAUUUUCGUGCGUGCCCCUAUGAACUUAAAUUUUAACAACGGGCCUGUGGACAGACGGUUGAUCGAAAACGAAAAAAAAAUACGGGCGAACAUAAGCGAACAUAGGCUUGAAAUGGAGGAUAAAACAGAGAUAGAACGAUAUACGGACAGGUACAACAGUAAAGAAGCGAGAAAUAACGAGUUAUUGGAGAAAAUGCUUAUUGACGAAAUAUUUCCGAAGGAAUUGGGUGGAUAUGAUGACGACGAGCGUCUUGAAAACACGGUAACGGAGGAAGAUGGAGAAUUUGGAGUCGUUGACGAGGGAGAGGGUGCUGAGGAGAAAAGUGACGAGGAUAAUGACGAAGGAUCAGACGAAAGAAAGGAUGAAGAACCCGUAUUGUAAGUGUUAUUGAAUGCUUAACCAUUUAAUCAUAUAAAACGUUGCGUCUCACUGUUAAGGGCACUCUGCUUUUGU